GAUGAUAUUGCAACUACAAUUUGGGUGAGACGUAUUCACUGUGCGCACCGUACAGACUUCGCUUUUAGUCCGGAAGACGGAGGGCUUUUGAAAAAAAUAUAUAUGGUUUUUCUAUGCGUUUUGAGGUUUGUACCAUCUGAGCAGUGACGGAGCUGAAGACUGACACAUUAAAAAUGUGAUCUGACGGUAACCAGGCGACCGCUUUCUGCAUCAACACCCGUAUUUCCGCACUAAUACCAGCUAUCUCUCUCAAUUUCAGGGCGACUCGUGCUGAAAUCUCCUAACAUGAAGCAUCGCAUGGUAGAUUGAAUUGGUCAUAGAAUGGAGUUUCCUGCAGUAAACCACAGCUAUACACAUCCACCACCACAGCCAUGGGCCGGACAGAGUCCCAGGACCCAGACCAUGCCUCCACCCAGCUGUCCAUUUCCUUCACAUCACUAUCCAAACCUGAACCCAGAUCAGCAGAGUGUGACCCCCAUGACCCACACGACGGAAACCACAGCAGGCCAUCGGCCUCAGUCACUGUCCUGGGACCCCUCACAGCAAAGCUACCAGGGAGUGUUAAAGCCCGUUCCUGAGAUGACAAAUAUGACGAAUCAAGGAAUGCCACAAAGGAGCUUGUCAUUACCAACGAGUCCAGUGUCAAAUUCUAAGACAGAGUCUCGGUACGGCCUGGAUCCUCAGAUUCUACCCAGUGUGGUCCAGGUGAUUAAAGAGGACAGGAUCCAGUGGGAGGGGAAAGUGUUUGUUUCAGAAUGCAGAUCUUCAGUUCCCCCUCUCUCCUCAACACAAUGCACCCUGGAGGACAGAGGUAAUGCAACACCUCGUUUUAUCCGCUGCACGUCCUACAGCUUCCCUGUGGAGGCUCAGUCAGCUCAGAAGAGUCAUCUCCCGCUGGGUGCAAUCGUGUGUCCGCUGGCCAGGCCGGAAAAAGGAGAAUGUGAUGUGCCAGUUUGUGAGGCGGGAGAUUGUGUUAAGGGCUGUGCACACUGCGGGGCCUUCAUGAGCCCUGCUAUGAGCUGGCAGGACUGCGGGCAAAGAUUCUACUGCCCUUUCUGCCACAAACUCAAUGAAGUGCCAUGGCAGUCCUAUCAGCCCACUAAUCAGGGACGCCGUGUCGACUGCGAAAAAAAACCUGAGCUCAGUCUUGGCUCAUAUGAGAUCCUGGAAAAACAGACGGGUAAAGCUGCUGUGUUGCUGCUGGCGAUAGAUGUGUCUGCCAGUGCGAUGAGAGCGGGGCAGCUAGACCACAUCUGUAAGCAGAUUAGUUCUCAACUGCAAGCUUUAAAUGGGCCUGGAGAAACUGACCGAUCAGAUCUUCGAGUGGGUUUGAUGACCUAUGACAGCCGGAUCCAUCUGUAUAACCUGAGUCCAGCUCUGUCCCGCCCUCACAUGAUGGUCAUCACUGACUGUGAGGAGCUGGAACUUCCUGUGGUGGAGGGCCUUCUGGUGCCACUGAAAGACUGCAGACACAUUCUUGAGAGAGUUCUACAGGAAAUUUCACUUUUCAACCCUGAGCCGGAUAGAUCUGGCUCACAAGAGCUUUCUGUUUCUGCAGGGCUGAAGAUUCUUCAGGAUGCAGCAUCUCCAGGAAAAUUAUUGAUAUUCCAUUCCUCACCUGUUUCUGAAGGCUCAAAUCAGAAAAGCGCCUCAGGUUUCUUCGGCUCUAGCAAAGUGAAGUCCAUCUUCCAAGGACCAGAUUCUUCGAUCUCAUUGGCUAAAGAAUGUGUCAGUCAAGGCUGCAGCGUGCACAUCUUUGUGUUCUGCCAUCAAGAAGUAGGCGGGGCUUGGCCAGGGCACAUCCCCUUUCUCACAGGGGGUGGGGUCAUCUGCUAUAACAGUCUACAGUCGGAGAUGGAACAGGAACGCUUCCGAGCUGAUCUGAGCAGAUGUGUGAAUAUGCAGAUGGCCUUCAAAGUUCAGCUCAGAGUUUUUGUCAGUAAAGAGAUGCACAUAUCUGGUUGCUAUGGCUCCUUCAUCGCCGGUCCUGACUCCUGCUGUGUUGCCAUGGCAGCGCUUGAUUGGCGCACAGCUCUGGCAUUUGAGUUCACUCACAACAAGUCUUUGGAUGAAACGAGGGGUGUAGCCAUACAGUUUGUGCUGUCAUACAGUAGCUCCUCCGGAGAGAACAGGACACGGAUACACACUGUUAUUCUGUCCGCUUCCCGGCAUCCACUAGACACCUUUAGAAGCAGCCAGGCCGAGACGCUCCUCACAUUCUACUGCAAGAAAUUGUAUUCAUUAGCACUGGAGAGUCCGCUGCAGUCCCUGCGUGAGGACUUACAGACGGAGGUUACUGAGAUGUUGGCUUGCUUCAGGAAACAAAGCUGCACUACCUCUGUGUCCCCAGGACAGCUGGUGCUGCCUCAGUUUCUGAAAGCCGUGCCUGUCUACAUUAACAGCCUGCGCAAAAGCGAAGUGCUGCUGCCUGGGCUGCGGAGCUCUGUACAUCAGCGUCUACAGCUGCGUAGCCUCAUUGUCUCCAUGGACACGCUGAGCACUGCUUCUCAGUUCUACCCACUUAUUCUGCCUCUGUCUGUCUCUGCUGAUAAUGCCAACAUGCCAUCAUUAGGGGAAGCCGUGCGCUGUACUGUCUCCAGUCUGGAUCCAGGGGGUCUGUAUCUGAUCUACUGCCCACUGGCACUGCUCCUUUGGGUGGGCAGCUGUGUGCCUCCUCACACUCUUCUACAGCUUUUCAACACCAACUCCUUCUCCUACCUCACAUCUGGAGAGAUCAAACUCCCAGUGCUUGAGAACUCCCUCUCCAUCGGCACCAGAGCUCUCAUAUGCUCUCUGCAGUCCUCAGCAGCUGUUACUCUCCAGUUAAAACUGGUGCGGGAGGGUGACAGCUGUGAGGAGUCUCUGCAGCGCCUCUUGGUGGAGGACAAGAGUCCUAACGGUGGAGCUUCAUACGCUGACUUCCUUUUUCACCUUCAUGUCAAUGCAUUGCGUCUUGUCGUGUGACAGUCACUUCUCAUUGACAAGGCUGUGGAAUAUUUGUAAAGUCCUUUGUGAUAGUCCCAGUGUAGUUUACCUUUGGUUUCCUCGAUUCCCAUUGCUGCUGUUCUUAAAUCUAUGAGGAAAAAGAAUUCUGUCUGGAUUUACCAUACAUUUACCUCUGAAAUUUUUACAUUUUACAACUUAAGUAAAUGCAAACUCGAUGUGACCAGCUUGUUUUAAGAGCCAUGCUGAAUACUAAGAUCAGUCCUUUAAUUUUCAAGGGCUCAGAAUGACUGAAUACUGUUUGAACUCCCAUCAAAGACUCAGUGAUUAAUGAUUCUCUAUUUGAAGUGUGUUUGUGUGUGUGUGUGUGUGUGUGUGUGUGUGUGUGUGUGUGUGUGUGGGUGGGUGGGUCUAGACACGGGUUUGAUUUAACAUUUGCUCUUGUGUCAUGAAUAUUGGACUCUGAAUUGAAUUCAUGAAUUUGCCCAACUGGCAGUGGUGAGUUCGAGUGUGCAUGUUAAUAUUUUUCAAGCAAUAAUAUAUUCAUUGAUUUUUCGGUCUCAUUACACCUCAAUAUUUAAUGUCUUGAUAAAACCCCAGAUAUUUUUCAAAGGGCCAUCAGGAUGUGGACCUAACACUUUACGGUUUUAAUCACUUACAUAACAUUUCUUUUGUAUGAAGAAGAUACUUUUCUCUCCAAAAUAAUGAAUAAAUAACUGUAAACGUG